AUGACAAGAUGCCGUGUUGCGCCUGUCCCUCAGUCCCUCGGUCCCUCAGCCCGCCCGAACUGGCUGUUGGGCCGCCCCAGACAGCCCGCCCGCCAGUCAGCCAGUCAGCCAGUCCGUCAGUCGUUCAGUCGUUCAGUCAGUCAGUCAAGUCAAGUCAGUCUUACUAUCCGGUUCCGUAUGGCUGCUCUGGAUAUGGCUAUGGCUAUGGCUAUUAACUUGUGUGCAUGGAAUAAUACCGACUACUCCGAAGUAGCAGCAUCGCUUGGCCUAGCUUGGUUUGUAUCCUGCUUCGACCCCCUUGUUGCCUCGGCUCUUCUAACUUUCUUCUCGCAUCACCAAACCAACAUCACCAACACCAACCCUCAUACCGGUACAACUACGGAACAUCAUCUCAGCUUCAAUUCCACUUCAACUCCAAUACCACAGCUCUCUGCUCGACUGCUCGAUCUGCUCGAUCGGCUCAUCGCCCGGCCAGAUGGUGCGGUGCGAUGGAGACCACUGUGCCCUGGGCUUCCAGAAGCCCCCGUUGCGACACGCUGGAAACCGCUUGCUGGGGUCGACACCCAUCAUCGACGGCGCCGGGAUAGGGCAACACCAGCGGUCCAGCAUUCGCACCCUUGA